GCUGAUUUCCGUCGUCUUUAAAUACUCUGCCAUUAAUUUGGACCUUGCUGCUAGCUAGCUCGCUAACGUUGGUGGUCUUCAGGUGGAGAAAGUCGUCCCAAAUGGUGGAUUCAUCUUUCUGAAACAUUUAACUGAUACGGACAUCAUAUCGUCUUUGAGUUAAGUGUGAAGAGUCGUGAAACGAAUAGCAGGCUCUUUGUGCCAAGGGUAUACCCCCUCCCCUCCACGCUUCACCGCUUCCGCCCUACUUGCCAUCGCAGACUACAGUCAUGACGACUCAGAGGGACCCAGACACGGUGAACCUGCGGCUGAUUCUUGUGAGUGGGAAGACCAAAGACUUCACCUUCUCUCCCAACGACUCGGCCACUGACAUCGCCAAGUACGUCUUCGACAACUGGCCCACGGGUUGGGAGGAGGAACAGGUGAGCAGCCCGAACAUCCUUCGGCUGAUCUUUCAGGGCAGAUUCCUCCAUGGCAACGUGACCCUGGGCGCUCUCAAACUCCCCCCAGGCAGAACGACAGUCAUGCAUCUGGUAGCGAGAGAGACGCUGCCAGAGCCCAACUCCCAUGGUCAGAGGAACCGGGAGAAGACCACAGAGAGCAGCUGCUGCCUGCUGUUGUAAAGCACAACCCCCUUAUCCUGCUCCUCAACCCACACCUACAAAUUCACCCCCCUCCCCACCCAACAUGGUCUCAUCAUCCUCUGAGCCUGAAGAUGCAAGCUUGAAGCCUGACUCAUCUCAUCAACCCCCCUCCCCCCAAAAAAAACAACCCCAGGCUAUCAUUGAUGACCUUUCACUUUUGAGGACAUGCUCAUGGGUGGGGGGUCAGCUGAAACCCUUUUUUUUUUUUUUAUGAUUAUUUUGCUUGUCAAACCUGCAUUGCACUUGGAGUGGGUACAGGAGGAACGGAACGGAGCACUUUGGGCUGCUGGCUGCUCUCUCCGGGCUGAGCCUCAGCCUUCUGACUUGUGUGCCAAUUAUUGAAAACCCAUCUCUGUUGCCAAAAAACACCCGGGCCGCCAUUUGGCCGAGUGUUGGGAGGCGUUGAGCUUAGUGACCUUGUGAAGCGCUAAAUUGAAUCGUUUGCUGUGGGUUAUGAACUCCUGGAGUCCUUUAAGAAGAACAUGUGUCUGCACGGGGCACGGGGGACCAGGAUCUGACUCAGCGCUGAGAAUCUCUGCUUCCUUUGCUCUUGGACUCGGUGCAGAGAUGACGGCUAGCUCUGUCAUGCCCAGACUGACAAACGCUCAACCUCCACACCCCUUCCCUUCUUGAGCGCUGAUGCUGUUGUGAAUGGUGUUUUUGCUGGAGUGUCAGGCCCCGGUCCUUUAUGGGCCUUCUUGGACUCUUCACUUUCUCGCUCAAGACUCUCCCUUAUGUCCAGUGUUCCCUCUGCGUUGGACUGACGCGGCCUGAGAACCAUCCCAUCUUGCACAACAGCAAACUUGCCAUAGCUCUCAGCUCUAAGGGCUACCUCCUCAUUGUUUCUCAGUGAUGGAAAGUCUUGGGAUGGCCUUGUCGGCACCUGUGUGUGGUUUCUCUGUGCUGGGAUGCACUUGGGCAUUACCUGAUCCCACCUGGGCAUUAAUGAGGCUCACAUGAAUGCACUUGGAAAUUACCUGUACCCACCUGCGCAUUACCUGGGCCUACCUGGAUGUUAUCUGUGCCCACCUGCGCAUUAGCUGGGCGCACCUGGACAUUACCUGUGCCCCCUUUAGGCAUUACCUGGGCUGAGCUGUAUGCAUUUGGGCAUUACCUGGGCCAGCAGGGCCCACCUGUGUCAUCACCUUCCCGCACAGCUCCCCCCCAGCUGGCCGUUUCCUCGCAGACCCUGUCUUUGUGUCGGUGUGCUGUUCUUAUUUUAAAUGGCAUGGGAGAAUGGCCUGAGCGUUUCCGCUCCAGUGAGAACGGCCCUGUGCUCAGUGCACACUGCUGUUUGAGCCAGACGUUCUGAAAAACGCGUGUUACUAUGAGGGAGAAGGGAAGAUGACCCACACCUCGCUGGGAGCCAAUCACAGGGACUGUGUGACGGGGAGGGCGAGGGAGG